UCUCGCGAUAUAACCACUUUCUAGUAGUUGGACGAAACAUGGCAGCGCUGUACGAGGGAUACACGCUGUGCGGUCUCGUACCCACGCAGAACCCACCCGAGUCGGGAAUUCAGGGUAUUGAACUGGAUCGGGACGACGAUCGUGUUCUCGUUACUGACUCUACAAGAUCCGUCACCGUUUAUAAGGUUUCCGAUCAGAAGCCGCUGGGUAGCUGGACGGUGAAACAAGGCCAGUUCAUAUCCUGCCCAGCUGUCUACAACUCGCAGACAAAGGAAUACGUAGCCGUUACAAAUGACAACGUCAUCAGGGUUUGGAAAACUGAAGAUGUCAAUAUUGAUCAAGCCUUCAAAGCAACAGUGUCUGCCGAGAUAUACAGGGUGCACUCGGUUCCGGACUACGAGCCGGUGGUUCUGUUUCGGCGUGGGGGUGUCAGAUACCUUGACUCGCUCCUCACCGCUCCACAGCAACCGAUAGAGGAGGUCCUGUUGGAAGACGAGGUGAUCAGAUGGAGCACGAUGGUUCGGACGGAGCAACAGCUGCUUGUCCUGUUUAGCUCAGAACAGAGAGGCAAGCACUUCCUGUAUGUACAGAGGUUCAGUCCCAACACGCUAGUGAAGCACCAGCUGGAGGCGGGGCCCCAUCUCUCAGCACCACUCAGCUACGCUGCCACCUUCAGAGAAGAACAUAUCCACCUGCUCUACUGGUUCCCUAACGGCAGCGUGUACGAGAGCGUUCUCCCAGCCCGGCACCCUGCUCCCGCGGCAGCCGAGGAGGUGCAGGCCCUGCCGCGCUCCCUGCUCCUGCAGCUUCCCAUCGGUGAGGGAGAGCUGCGCUCGGCUUCCGCCCUGCCCUUGGAUGAGGCCCACGUGGCCGUGGUGGGGGUCUCGCACCCCUCGGCUGGAACCGGCAAAGAUUACCUGUGUCUGUGGAACACUCAUUUCCAGACCUUGCAGGCAAGCAGAGAGCUAGCUGGCAAGAUAUACGGCCAGGUGUGGUGCUACUACGGGAAACUCUUCGUGACUCACGGGAAAACGCUGUCCGUGAUCCCCUUUGAGUGUCAGAAGUCGUCUCUGGCCGCAGCCCUGGGGAAGCUGAAGCAGACGCGCACCAACGAAAGCAAAGGUCCAGCUCUGGUGCCAUCGUGGAACACCCUUCCCCACGGAGACAAGCCAGGGAAGAGCCGCGGCGUGACCACACGGAGAACUAAGCUGAGUUCAAAGCACCAGAUCACCACGAUAGAACAGCUGACCUGCACCAUCCAACAGGGCCCCGUGGAGGAGGUGGAGCAGAAAGUGGAGAUGUUCCUGAUUGGGGCGGAGCAGGCAGAGCAGCAGCUGGCAGUGGGCAGACUGGUGUGUGAACUGGUAGCGCGGUGCCGGGCCGAGCCCAGCUUCUACCCACGUGUGAGCCUGCUCCAGCUGGCCGACACACGCUACCUGUGCCACAGUGUGUGUCCUGGGCUGCUGACUCUGGCCUUGGAGAAGAAGGACUUCCGCCUCUGUCAGGUCUGCCUGCAGCUCUUUCCCGAUAUCCCAGAAGCCAUCACCUGCGCAUGUCUCAAAGUCAUCCUUGGCAUUCCCGAUGCCGAGCUCGAAUGUGUGGCUCUAGAACCGGACAGCCUGCACUUGAUGAAGGCCCUCACCCAGGGCCCGGUGCCCUCGAAUGACGAUGGCGGUGAGCACAAUGGCUUCUGCCCUGCUCCUCUGGAGGAGGACGGAGGAGGUUCCACCGCUCCGGACGCAAAGGUCACUCCGGCGCCUCUGGACACGUCGGACCGUGGCACCAAGCCCUGCAAGGACCUGCCGGCCAUAUAUAUGGACUGCCCUGUAGGACUCCACAAAGGAGCGCUACUGAAUGAGGUUCUGCAGACAGCUUACAGUGACAGCCUCCUCCUACCCUACCUGAAGGAUCUCACUGUCACCCAGGUUAUACUCUUCCUACAGUAUCUGCAGUUCCUGUACUUGAAGUAUUCCCAAGAUGUCCUCCCUCAAAUCCAAGCUCUCCGAAUGCCAGCUGUGACUCAGAUUAUGGAGUGGGUUUGCUUGUUGCUGGAUGCUCACUUCACAGUCCUGGUUUUGGCUCCUGAGGCGAAACAUUUGCUGUCUGGCCUUCACAAGUUUGUGAAGUCACAGGUGAAGUUGUUCUCCGAACUGGGAAAGAUUGAAGGGAGUCUACAAGUGCUUAAAAACUCCAAGCAGUCCCACCAGACUGGCCAGUACUCCAUAGAGGUUGUGGAGCUGUUUUAGAGGACUUGUACAAAUGCUUUUAAAUAAAACUCUUCUGAUUAACAACAGACUGUAAAA